UAGGUGGGGUUUAAAGCGGCCAAUCAGAAAGAGGAGUCAUAUUCUUAGAGGGGAGGGCAUUUGCUUAAGGCACACUGAUUCCUCUUUCUAGGAAUACCGGCAUGCAAAUCGCAUCCGCUAUUCCAAGUUAAAUGUGUUAAUACUAACUUGAAAAAGAGUAAAGUCAUAGAUUAGGAAGUGGUCAGAACUCCCUAGACUUUACAUCAUUUAGUAAAUGUAAUAGGAAGUAACAUAAUACCACCAGGUUUCAGAAGUAAAUUACGUUCUGUUGGAAAGAUUACAAACACACGCAUCAAGGAAUGAAAUUUUUCUUUUACUAGUUUAGCUACACAGUCAUUGAACGGCCAUGUUUUAACCCCCUUUUCUCCCCAAAGCAUCUCAGAAGUGGAGAUAUGAAUGUUGUCUUUGCAAACUGACUGUGAACCACACAGAAUACCCAUAAUGUACUGGAAUUCCCAAUGAAUGAGGUAAGUCCUGACACUUUGCUGUGACAUUAAGUGUAAAUUACCUCCCCCAGGUUCGCUGUAGACAUACGGGGGGGUUGGUGGUGUCACCAAAUUACAUAGUCAAGAAUAAAAAGAGCUCUGAUUACCAGAUAGUAGCAAACUAAUAUAAUCUGAAUUUUUUUCCCGCCUACUCAGUCAAGUCCUGUGGGCAGCAUCGUUGCCAUGGCGCUGACUCAUUCAGUAGUGCGGGAUAAAAGCGGGCGUGAAUCCGCUUUCAAAUUCAAAAGCCGGUCUCAGAAAUAAUCACUAACACCAGGUAAAUGCAGAAACGGGUCACGAUGCGGUGCCGUGCGGUGGCGCCUGCCUUUUGUGGGAGAGUGGACGGCCAGGUCGCCCUCUUCGCCGCGCAGAUCCCGCAGUGACAUCCGAAACUCCCUGGCAUGAGUUUCUCGGGCUGAGCAGCGUCUCCUGUCCCUGAUGCUGCUAUGACUUCCUGGCUGCGCAGAUACUGUAACCUCAUUCUGCAUCGGCUGCUGCUCGCUGUGCUAGCCUGUGUCGUGAUAGAAACCUCUCAUUCGGAUGAAAACAUUUGUUCUUUGCCUGGGGUAUUAUCCUGUAAUGAGUGCCUGAGCCGUGGACCUCAGUGUGCUUGGUGCUUCCAGGAGGGUUUUUUAGACGGCGCGUCCAGGGCACAGCGAUGCAACACGCUUCCAAACCUGCAGAAGAAAGGCUGCGCUGUGGAGUUUGUGGAGCAGGCCACCGUCACGCUCAAGGUGAACCCCACACCUCCCGGCCGCCAGGUGGCACCACAAGAUGUCACUGUCCAGCUGCCGCCAGGUACCGAGGUCAGCGUCACUGUGGAGGUGAAGCAGCUGGAGCUGUAUCCUGUGGACAUGUACUACCUGGUGGACGUCUCAGCGUCCAUGCAGGACAACCUGAACAGGCUGAAGACGGUGGGCACUGGGCUGUCCCACAGGAUGAGGGACUAUUCCAGCGACUUCAGGGUGGGCUUCGGCUCCUUCGUGGACAAACCCGUCUCGCCCUACAUCAACGUCCACCCCUCUAAAGUCAGCAACCCCUGCUUCGACUUCAAGAUGCAGUGCCGACCCACGCACGGGUUCAUGCACAUGCUCUCCAUGACGGACAACACCACGGAGUUCACACGCAUCAUGCUCCAGCAGGGCAUCUCAGGAAACAUGGACACGCCCGAGGGUGGCUUCGAUGCCAUGCUGCAGGCCGCCGUGUGCCAGAGGGACAUCGGCUGGCGGCCUGAGGCCAAGCGCCUCCUGCUGGUGAUGACGGACCAGCCCUCUCACCUCGCGCUGGACAGCAAACUGGCGGGAAUCGUGGUGCCCCACGACGGCAACUGCCACCUGGACUCCGGCGGAUACACCCGCAGCACAAGCAUGGAGUACCCCACCAUUGGUCAGCUGGCAGAGAAGCUUCUGGAAAACAGCAUCCACUCCAUAUUUGCAGUGGAGCAUGGGCAGUAUAAGUGGUAUGAGGAUCUGGCCCCCUUUCUGCCGGGUGCUUACGUGGGCAAGCUGCAGGCCAAGGCCUCGAACCUGAAGGACCUGGUGGUGGAGGCCUAUAAGAAGCUUCUCUCGGACGUAGAGGUGGAGGUUGGGGUUCAGGACCAGCACGCUCACAGGUUCUGGGUCAACGUCACCGCCGUUUGUCCGACAGGCUCUGCACCUUCUGGGCUCAAUAAGUGCUCCGGUGUGCAGCCAAAUCAGACGGUGUUUUUUAACAUCACCAUAGGCAUGAAAGACUGCCCCUCUGCACCAGAGGACGUCCUCAUCUUCAUCAGACCUGUGGGCUUCAACGAGUCCAGCGUGGUGAGGGUACGGCCCACCUGCCACUGCAGCUGUGGGGGGCAGCCUGGCUGCCAGGAUGAGCUGGAGGGGCCAGAGUGCAACGAGGCCAGCGGGGAUGUGGGCUGCAGGCUGGACGGGACGGGGGCCGUGUGCAGCGGCAGGGGAGAGUGUGUGUGCGGACACUGCAUCUGCGAGGCGUCCAGCCUGGGCACCGUCCAUGGAACACACUGCGAGCUGGACGACUUCUCCUGCCCGUACCGGCAGGGGCGGGUCUGCGGGGGCCGUGGUGACUGUGUCUCGGCCGCGUGCCGCUGUCACAGCGGCUGGACGGGGGACAGCUGUCAGUGCCCCGCCUCCACAGAGCCCUGCCUCUCGCCCGACGGGCGGCUGUGCAGCGGGAGGGGACGCUGCGUCUGCGGAAGGUGCGAGUGCGACGACCCCUGGAGCUCCGGAAGGUUCUGCGAGAAAUGCCCGACAUGCGACAGGUCCUGCCAGUCACACUGGAAGUGUGUGGACUGCCACCUAUCGAAGGGCCUGCUGGAAGGGAACGCC